ACCCGAUCCAAUUGCUCUCCCUCUCUCUCUCUCUCUCUCUCUCUCUCUCUGUUCAAAAGACAAGAAACCAUGGAAAUGGAAACGCUACCCAACGGCAACUCCGCCUCAUCCACCGCCAUGGCCGCCGUCGCAGCCGCCGCCGCCGCAGCAGCUCCGUCGACGAAAUUGAGUCAGUUAGCGGAGUCUCUGAAACUCGAACACCAGUUGUUGAGAGUCCCCUUCGAGCACUACAAGAAGACGAUCCGCGCCAACCACCGCAUCGUCGAGAAGGAGAUGUCCGCCGUCAUCUCCGGCGUAUCCGACGCCGCGGAAGCCGACAUGUCCCCUGACGAAGCUGUUCAUCACCUCAAUUCACUUGUCUCCAGAUUGCAAGGCCUCAAAAGAAAGUUGGAAGAAGGGAGCCGUACAGAGCACUUGCAAGCACAGAGGUGCCGAGCUCGCCUUGAUCAUUUAGAAUCAGCAGAUGCAGAUAACCUAUCAGAAUGGAACAACACGCGUUUGAAGCGGAUCUUGGUGGACUACAUGUUGCGAAUGUCAUAUUACGACACUGCAAUAAAGCUGGCAGAAUGCAGCAAUAUACAGGAUCUUGUUGAUAUUGAUGUAUUUAAUGAAGCAAAAAAGGUGAUUGAUGCUCUUCAAAAUAAAGAGGUAGCUCCUGCCCUAGCCUGGUGCGCUGACAACAAGUCUAGGUUGAAGAAGGCUAAGAGCAAAUUCGAAUUCCAGCUGAGACUUCAAGAGUUCAUAGAAUUGGUUCGAGCGGAUAACAACUUGCGAGCUAUUACUUAUGCACGGAAGUACCUUGCACCAUGGGGAGCUACCCAUAUGAAAGAACUGCAGCAGGUCAUGGCUACACUGGCUUUUAAAAGCAGUACUGAAUGUGCUACAUACAAGGUUUUCUUCGAACCAGAACAGUGGGAUUUCCUAGUGGACCAAUUCAAACAGGAGUUCUGCCGGCUAUAUGGCAUGACCUUUGAGCCAUUGCUGAAUAUUUACCUGCAAGCAGGCUUGUCUGCUCUGAAAACUCCGUUCUGUUACGAAGAUGAUUGCACCAAAGAAGACCCUUUAUCACAAGAGAGUUUUCGCAAGUUAGCAUUGUCGUUACCAUUUUCAAAGCAGCAUCAUUCGAAGCUUGUAUGCUACAUAACUAAAGAGCUUAUGGACACAGAGAACCCACCACUAGUCUUACCUAACGGCUACGUCUACAGCACUAAGGCUCUCGAAGAAAUGGCAAAGAAGAACAAUGGUAAAAUUACUUGCCCAAGGACAGGUCUGAUCUGCAACUACACAGAUGUUGUCAAGGCUUAUAUUUCAUGAACCCACAUGGUCAAUCAGUUUGUAUAGUUGAAGUCUGAAGUUGUUGGGGUCCCAUUCAUUCUCACCGCAAAUGACUUCACUAUUGAUAAACGUGCAUAUCUUUUUCAAUUUCUUCUUCUUCCCGGGUAAUUCUUCUUAGACCUAUCCAUGUACAUAUAUGCAAAAUACUUGUUUCAAUAUUUUCAUAGUACUUUUCAUCUGUUAUUUUUACCCGAAUAAUACAACUGAAGAUGUUUUCCAUAGAUCUGUUGUUGUACCUGAGAUCAAGUCCUCAUUAAUAAUUUUGGACAUGCCCACAGAGAAUUCAGAAUGAGGGUAGACGUAUCAUAUGCAAUCA